CACUUUCAAAGUUAUCAUUUUAGUGUCUUUUAUUCAGAGAGCAAAAAAAGGGGUCCUAAAAUGGCAAAUGUAGGCCCUUUGGAACAAGCCUCAACUUCUAGAAAUAUAACCACGCUCUACCAAGCAAUUCAACAAGAUUCAAGCAUUUUGGAAGGAAUUGAUGCAAUGUUGGAACAAGCUGCAAUUUCUGGAAAUAAACUCCACCCAGCAAUUAAGCAUAAUCCAAGCAUUCUGGGGGAAAUCAAUGCAAUGCUAGAACAAGCUGCAACUUUUAAAAAUAUAAACAUGCUCUACCUAGCAAUUCAACAGAAUCCAAACAUUUUGGAGAAAAUCAAUGCAAUGCUGCAACAAGAUACAACUUCAAGAAAUAUAAACAUGCUCUACCCAGCAAUUCAACAGAAUUCAAGCAUUCUGGAGCAAGUCAACACAAUGCUGGAACAUGUUGCAACUUAUAGAAACAUAAACUUGCUCUACCAAGCAAUUCAACAGGAUCCAAGCAUUUUGCAUGUAGUCGAUGCAAUGUAUGAACUGGCUACAACUUCUGAAAACAUAAAUAUGUUUUACCAAGCAAUUCAACAGAAUCCAAACAUUCUGGAGGUAGUCAAUGCAAUGAGGGAGAUUGUAACUUUUGGAAAUAUAAGCGUGCUCUCCCGAGCAAUUGAACAGAAUCCAAGCAUUCAGGAGGAAGUCAAUGUAAUGUUGAAAAAAGCUGUAACUUCAACAAAUAUGAACAUGCUCUACCGAGCAAUUCAGCAGAAUCCAAGCAUUCUGGAGGAAGUCAAUGCAAUGCUGGAACAAGCUGCAACUUGUAAAGAUAUAAACAUGUUCUACCGAACAAUUCAACAGAAUCCAAGCAUUCUGCAAGUAGUCAAUGCAAUGCUGGUACGAGCUGCAAGUUUCGGAAAUAUAAACAUGUUCUACCGAGCAAUUCAACAGAAUCCAAACAUUCUGGAGGAAGUGGAUGCAAUUCCAUUUGUGAACACUCCCUUGCAUAUUGCUGCUUCUGCCGGGCACAUGGAGUUUGCCAUCGAGAUUAUGGGAAUGAAACCUUCAUUUGGUUUCAAGCUGAAUCCGCAAGGAUUGAGCCCCAUUCACGUUGCUUUGCAUAACAAUCAUUACAGUCUGGUUGAUCGCCUUGUAGAAAUUAAUAAAGACCUUGUCAGAGUCGAAGGGAAGGAACGCCUCACUCCUUUGCAUCUUCUGUGCCAAUCUGGUUCUGAGGGAAGCAUCAGGCUUCUAACUGAUUUCCUCGAUAUAUGCCCGGAUUCUAUCAAGGAUGUGAAUGUAAGAAAGGAAACUGCACUCCACAUUGCCGUAAGGUGUGGAAACGUGAGUGCCCUUCAAGAAAUAGUUGACUGGCUCAAACAAAACACCUUCAAAGGUGCAGACGAUUUAGAACGCUCCAUCCUGAACAGGACGACUGUAGACGGCAACAACAUUUUGCACCUUGCAACAAUCUGCGGUAAUACACAGGCUGUUAUGUUAUUGAUUGGAACUAAAAGGAUGGAGAAAAAUGCCAAGAAUUCUUGGAACCAAACAGCAUUAGACCUAGCUCAUUCUUAUCCAGAGAUUGAAAGAAUACUAGAGGGAGCUAAAGCAAAACGUGGGGCAGCAACUAAUCAUGGCCGUCAUCCCAAGUUAAGGAAUCCAGGACUAGUAGUUAUUCGUCGCAUUAGAAAUAACGUGUCUUCACAACAACGUGAGGCAUACCUGGUAGUUACUGCUCUUAUUAUAACCAGCGUCUAUCAGACAGCACUGAGUCCACCAGGUGGUCAGCCUGACAAUAAUCUCAACUCUACUACUUCAUCAUUUUCUCUCAAUUCUACAAACACCGCUACUGUGCCAAGGAAUGCCGGGGAAGUAAGAAUGGAAGACUUUCAUUUCAUUUUUAUACCAGUAAUCAACACUGGGAUCCUUCACUUUGCAAAUAUAAUGAUCUUUAUUGUAAUGCCAGAUGGCAUCAUCGGCAAAUUUCUUGGCAUCCUGUUGAUGUUUCUUGUCUUAAGUUAUGUCGAGUCUAUUGGAUUGAUAUUGCCCACGGAAUUCACUAGUCCCUUUUUAUUUAUCUUCCUGUUUUUACUGUACUUUCUUAGUAUGAUAGGGGUAUCCAUACUUAUCACUAACAAAGAAAAGAGAGUUGAAUCUUGA